UUUCCAGAUGCUCAACAUUCAUGAACUUCUUCUAUCUUAAUAACUUAUCCACAAUAUCAUUUCUCUUUUCCUUGACAAAGCAAGAUAGACCUAUGGAGCAAAACCAACGCACUACUGAAGCAGAAAAUACACACAUACAAAGACUCACCUCCGAGAACUUGAAGGAUGCUCCACCAUCUGAAACUCAACCCUACCCAAAAACCACCCUACAUACCCCAAAAUCAUAACCAACCAACUACAGUUUCUCCACCAAUUCCUAAACAAUGCAUCAAGUUCUCGCGCCGAGAGCUCACAAUCUUCACCAACUCCUCUCUCCUCCUCUUGACCUCUCAGACUCUUCAUCGAAAUACAGUUCUAGAAGCACGAGCAGACGAAAACCCACAAGAGAUCAAAGUUGAAAAUGAGCAGCAAGAAGCCGUGACUAGUCAGAAGAGCAUUUCUCGGUGCAUGGAAAAAGUUCCAACUAAGCGUGCGUUUCUCGACAUAUCGAUUGAAGGGAAGCCAAUGGGAAGGAUUGUUAUAGGAUUGUACGAGCAAAGUGCACCCGUUGGAGCAGCUACAUUCGGUGACCUUGUUAGUGGGAGAGCAGGCAUAAGUUUUAGAAGGAAAGAGUUUGUAAAAAUAAUGCCAAAUUACGUUCAACAUGGAGGGAUUAGAUCAUAUGGGGUGGAUGCUGAGCUUGCAAGCAGAACAGGAAGGAACUUUAAGAAUGAUAAGUUAGUUGAUGAAUGGGAGAGAGAGAAUGAGGAAUGUUUAGGGACUAAGAACUUGGCUGGAACUGUGAGCAUCAUUGUAAGGGAUCCUUCAAAACCGCCGCCUAAAGUGAAGUUGAUUGCUAGAGGAGGGAAGCUUGAGAUUGAUCAGGAGGAGGUAGGGGUUGAGCCAAAUGGGACGGAGUUCACUAUCGCGACAAAGGAUUCACCGGAGCUUGAUUCAUCCGCUUUGGUUGUUGGUAAGGUGAUUGAAGGAAUGGAUGUUGUGGAGAAAAUUGGUCAGGUCCAGACUGUGCAAGAUAACACAAGUUCUCCGUAUUUCAGGGUGGCGAAGUUGAUCGGUGACAAGAGAGCUGUAGUGGCUGAAAGGGGUUUCAAUCGCCCUUACUCGAAAGUGAUAGUAACAAAUUGUGGCCUGCUAGAAUGACAUUGAAGAUUAACUAAGAUCUCAUACUUGAUCAUUUUUGUCAUAUAGAGUAAACAAAUGGUAUAAUAGAAUAUUUGUUGUUUAAGAAGGCUCACUGCAAUUACUAUGUAACGAAACGGAGACAUGGCUUCAUGAACGACUAAGUAAGCAACAACAUUUGCGAAGGAAUGAAUAAGGCACAUGUGGAAUUGAUGCAGAAAGAUGCAUUACCUAAUACUCCUUAAUUAAGGUCAAAAAAUCAAUAUAUUUCUCGGUAAAUUUCCACCAUCAUCUGCUAAUCUUGGCCAAACUCUAGAAUAUUACGUCAAAGCAGAUUUUGGUCUUUUAGCUGGUGGAGAUUCAAAGAGCCUUCUAAUAGAUGUAAUAGGAUCAUCAACCUGCAAAAAUUCAUAUGACAUGGUUGUCAUUUUGAACCAUAUAACAAAUAUAGCAUGGUUGCAGACACAAAAGUUGCUUAUCGAACACCGCCACCCCUCUGGGCAGGAAACAAAAGAAAAGAGCACAAAAAAUGAAGGACUGUAUAUAUUGACUCCGACUGGCAGGCAAUAUUCCUAUCCGCACAAUCAAAUUUCAGCAGACUUAGAUUUGAAAAGCUAAGACAUUAUUGGUUAGCCAGGACAUUGAACAUAAUGGCAAAGGAAAUGAAUACUCUGUCAUACACCCACCCAAACCACCAAUACAUUUUACGUACUCAAGGCGCAACAAGGGAAAGGGUAACAUGGGAAUAUCACCUGGAAUAUCACCUGACUCUGAGAAGGGAAGUGGGAACAAUGAGGUGGAGAAUGCCGUUGGAUAAUUAUCCCUCAGAAAGGACAGCUGGCAGGAGAAUGCAGCAGAAAAUAUCUGAAUAGUACAGGUAGUGGGAGAAAGAAUAGUCUGAGAGGGCUAUAAAUAAGGAGAGGUUGCUGUAGUAGAAUUAUCUCGAAUUUUGUGUAAUCAUUUGUAGUCAUUGGGAGUGUGACAGCUACUCGAAAAGCUGGAAAUCCUUUUGGGCCUUGAGUUUGAGUGAAAUACAAAAGUUACAAUCUUUCCUCUUAUUA